GGCUACAAUCUGUGAGCGUUUCUGUUUGUUGGCGCGGUUGUUGAAAACCCGGGAGUUGAGCAGAGGUGGUUUUAAUGCUUCAUAUCUGGGGCACCUGAGAAGCAUGGAAAUUGGAAGAGACUCGUUCCCCUUUCCCUACAAGCCCUACGGCAUCCAGGAGCAGUUCAUGAGAGCUCUCUACAGCGCCCUGGAUGAGGGCAAAGUGGGCAUCUUUGAGAGUCCCACUGGAACGGGCAAGUCUUUAAGUCUGAUAUGUGGAGCCCUGAGCUGGCUGACAGACUAUGAGGAGAAGAGGAAACAGGAGACAGCUGCUCUGCUGCAGGAAGGAGAAGCCUCUCUCUCCAUCUCUGUUGCUCCAUCAUCCAGCUCCAGCUCAGCAUCAGCAGAACCAGACUGGAUCACCGACUUUGUCCAGAAAAAGGCUGAACGUGACCUGGUGUCAAAGUUAAAGGAGGAGGAGCUAAAGAGAAAGAAAAGAGAAGAACGAUUGGAAAUUAUCAGGAAUAACGUUCAUCUAAAGUAUGCUGGUAAAAGAAAGAGCCGCGAGGAGGACGAAGCGUUCAAGCUGCUUCAGCUCAGUAAAGAGGAACAAGCCGAGACUCCAGGAGAUCAAGAGGAUGAGGAGUUUAUUGUUGCAGAAUAUGAGAGUGACGAUGAGUCAAAGGGUAAGAGCAGAGUAUUUGGAGGUGAGGAGGAGGAAGAUGAGGAGCUGGUAGAGGAACAUGUGACCAAGAUUUACUACUGCAGUCGCACGCAUUCCCAGUUGGCCCAGUUUGUCCAUGAGGUUCAGAAGAGCCCCUUUAGUAAAAACAUCAGUCUAGUGACACUGGGUUCUCGGCAGAACCUGUGUGUUAACGAGGAGGUGCGACGGCUGGGCAGCGUCCAGCGAAUUAAUGAUCGCUGCUUGGAAAUGCAGAAAAACAAGCACGAGAGGGUGCAACAUGAAGACGGCGCAAAACGCAAGAAAGGCCCACCGAAGAGCGUUUGUCCUUACAACAAAGCUUCGGCGCUGCAGCAGAUGAGGGACGAGGUCCUGGGGACGAUCCAGGACAUAGAGCAACUGCUGAAGAUCGGGAAGGAAUUACAUGCCUGUCCUUAUUACUCCACACGUCUUGCUGUCCCACCUGCACAGUUGGUCGUUUUGCCUUAUCAGAUGGUUCUUCAUGAGGCUACAAGAAGGGCAGCAGGGAUCCAGCUAAAGGGACAGGUGGUGAUCAUAGAUGAAGCGCACAAUCUCAGCGACACCCUGUCCUGUAUACACAGCGUAGAGCUCAAUGGAGCGCAGCUUUGCCGCGCUCAGUCCCAGCUUACCCAGUAUGCCGAGCGCUACAAGAGCAGACUGAAGGCAAAGAACGUGAUGUACAUCAAGCAGAUUCUGUUUGUGAUAGAGGGGCUGAUCCGUGUGCUGGGAGGUAAAGUUGGACAGAAUCCACAGAGUCAGAUUACACAAGCAGGGACAGAGAUGUAUACCAUUAACAAUUUCCUCUUCAAGGCUCAGAUUGACAAUAUCAACUUAUUUAAGUUACACAGAUACAUUGAAAAGAGCAUGAUCAGCAGGAAGCUGGGGGGGUUUGUGGAGAAGUACGCCGGCUCUGGUGUGAUGCUGCACGCCCAGAGCACCUCCAACAAAGAGAACCGUCGCACAGAAGGUUUAAAUCGUUACCUUGAAACCUUAAAGAAGAGCCCCACCUCUGCACCAGUUCCUCCAACAGACCAGCAGGGGGCUGCUGAAGCAGACAAAGUGCUGUCAGCAUCCCCUAUGAUGCAGGUGGAGGGGUUCUUCCUGGCUCUCACCAACAGUAACACUGAUGGCAGGGUGGUUUUAAACAAACAAGGUACUUUGUCUGAGAGCAGCGUCAAAUUCCUUCUUUUGAAUCCAGCCGUCCACUUUGCCCAGGUGUUGAAGGAAUGCAGAGCAGUCAUUAUUGCAGGAGGAACAAUGCAGCCGGUUUCAGACUUCAAACAGGAACUACUGCUUUCUGCUGGAGUGAAGGAGGAGCGUAUCACUGAGUUUUCCUGUGGACAUGUGAUUCCCCCUGAGAAUAUUCUUCCCCUCGUUUUGUGUGCCGGUCCAUCGGGUCAGGAGCUGGAUUUCACCUUUCAAAACAGAGACUCUCCUCGAAUGAUGGAUGAAACAGGACGCAUUCUCUCCAACAUCUGCAACGUGGUCCCUGGGGGGGUUGUGUGUUUCUUUCCCUCUUAUGAAUACUCCAGGAGGAUUAUUUCUCACUGGGAGGCCAGCAGCUUGAUUACCAGACUAGGGAAUAAGAAAAAGAUCUUUCAGGAACCAAAGAAGGCCAACCAGGUGGAGCAGGUGCUAAAUGAGUUUACCCGUUGUAUCCAGCGGUGUGCCUUGGACAGCAGUGGAGGAGUCACAGGGGCAAUAUUGUUCUCUGUGGUGGGUGGAAAGAUGAGUGAGGGCAUCAAUUUCUCUGAUGACCUGGGGAGGUGUGUAGUGAUGGUAGGGAUGCCAUAUCCUAACAUCAAAUCUCCAGAGCUGCAGGAAAAGAUGUCAUAUCUUGACAAACACCUGCCUCACUGUCAUGGGAGAAGCCCUGGACAAGCACUGGUAGAGAACCUGUGCAUGAAGGCCGUCAACCAGUCUAUAGGCAGAGCCAUCAGACACAGAGGCGACUAUUCCUCCAUCGUCCUUUGUGACAGGCGUUACGCUCGGCCCGCCACGCUGUCUAAGCUCCCCACUUGGAUCAAGGAUCGCACCACCACACACUCCAGCUUCGGUCCUGCUUUUGCCGCCUUGCGGAAGUUCUUCCUGGAGAAGAAGAAGAUGCAGGAAUAGUUUCUUUCACAGCUCAUUGAUGCACUGCAAGGGACCUUUUAUCUGCUUUAAUUAUGUUUUUAUUUUUGAUUUAAACAUAAUAUUUUAUUUUUGUCAUGAAUGUUUCAGUUGUCCUCAGGUUUUAGUCAGGAUGUUAGUUAUUUUAAAUUAAAUUCAACAGUUUUCUAUGUUAAUUGUUACUUAAAUGACUACCAGACCAAAAUUGGACACAAGACUGAUUAUUCUUUGCUGAAAAUGUUCAGACUUCAAGAACUUUUCUUGUUUAAAGUUUUUUUCCAAAUUGUUCCUUUAAUUAAAUGCAACUUCUUCAUUAAAAAAAAACCAAAACUCUACA